GAGCUGUAUCUACUUCUACUGUCUGCGGCCUGUGUCUGCUGCCUGUGUCUGCGGCCUGUGUCUGCUGCCUGUGUCUGCUGCCUGUGUCUGCUGCCUGUGUCUGCUGCCUGUGUCUGGGGCCUGUGUCUGCGGCCUGUGUCUGCGGCCUGUGUCUGCGGCCUGUCUGCGGCCUGUGUCUGCUGCCUGUGUCUGCUGCCUGUGUCUGCGGCCUGUGUCUGCGGCCUGUGUCUGCGGCCUGUGUCUGCGGCCUGUCUGCGGCCUGUGUCUGCGGCCUGUCUGCGGCCUGUGUCUGCUGCCUGUGUCUGCGGCCUGUGUCUGCGGCGUGUGUCUGCGGCCUGUGUCUGCGGCCUGUGUCUGCUGCCUGUGUCUGCGGCCUGUGUCUGGGGCCUGU